AUGAAAGCCUCUAUCGUUAAGCAAACUGCGGUCCGGGCCGCCUGUGACAAGUGCCACAGCAUCAAGAUACGCUGCUCUCGAGACGCUGGCUCACUAGACUGCCAAAGAUGCGUCCGUCUGGGUUUCAAGUGCUCGUACAGUGCACCUCUGCAGAUGGGCCGACCGCGACAUAAUUCGCGACUUGCAUCUGCCUCUGGCCCAAAGCCAGAUCGAAAGGGCCUUGGCCGAUCAGCACCCGGCGGCGGCAGCACGGGUCCUUCCGGCAUGGCACCGGAUCACCUGGCGGAUAGUUCAACAGCAUUUUACCCCACUCCCACCGUCGAGGCCUCCGAGUACCCCGAGGGCCUUGCCUUCGAUCUCGGACUCGAUGGCACCGACAAGAAUUUGACGGUGCAUUCACUCCUGAGAGAACCUCACGGGCCUCCGUAUGACGAUUUGUUCAUGCGUCACGACGGUCACGCUGACCGGGCCAUGGACUUUAUGGGGCUCGCAGAUACCGACUCGAUAGAUCCGUCGCUCUUCAGUGGAACCACUCUAUCCGAGUCAGGGCACAGCCGCGACGACCGCGACGAGGAACUUGCAGAGCGGUUGUCAAGUCUCCAGGUCAAACUGCAGCAGCUCCACCAUCGCAUCAAGCAAGACGCCUUUAGAGACAAUCUCAACGCUCCACAGAAGGCUAGCGCGGAGCAAGAGUCGACCCAAUCAAACACGGACCUCAACGACAUCUUCAUGGCAACGGUGGACUUUACCGACGUCCUCCAUGAUCACUCAGGGUCACGGCCUCAGGAAUGGUCUAUGGAUCACGCUGUAAAGUGCCAGCUGCUAUCAUGUUACCUGAGCCUCGUCGACGUAUACGACGCGUCCUCAGAGCACAUACAACGGGCGACAAAAAAUGCAAAAGACAGGCCAACUUGGACAGGAAAUGGCACUAUCUGCGACGAUACCCAGUCGGGAUCAAGCCUGGCCAGCGGUUUGUCCACUAAGAAUUCGAGCACAGGCUCUGAGCUGUACUUGCAUUUGUUGUCGCAGAUGCGCAUACGUGCGAAGCAGGCCCUCGACAAGUAUCGUUGA